AUGUUCAAGUCCAAGUCCUUCGAUUUGGUGAACGAGGAAAGGACAAAGAAACCGGAGCGGCUGUAUCAGCCACGUCGAAUGCGAUGGCUAAAAUACAUCAUCCUUCCGGCCGUUUUUUCUUUUGCGCUUCUGCUGAUCCUGGUAAACGUUGAUUUCUCGGACAACGAUGACAAAAUAACCUCGGCAGUAACCAAUGAGGAAAGUGAACUCCAGUCGCUUGACAUCAACGCAAUAUCCCAAGAAAUCUGCGACACAUCGCUCCUUAUAUCUAAUACCGAAUUUAAAAACAACACUUUGGAAAGGAGUGUUUUCUUCGAAAGUUGUGAACUGCAAAGCUUGACAAUCGAAAAAUGCUCUAUAGCUUAUAUAGCCGAUGGAACUUUUGACCAAAACAGCACCCACAACUUGCUAAGCUUACAACUUAUCAAUGUGGAACUGGAAAAUCUAACAGAAGCAGCCUUACAAGGACUUCAAACACUUCAGAACUUUACCCUUGUUAAUGAUAACAACUCUUUCAGGCCCUUUGGAUUUCUUUCUUCAGUGGCUUAUACCUUAAUCAACGCCAGGAUACAUCAACGGAACUCCUCAGAAACAUAUGCUAUUAGUGACUUCUUGGGUUCCGGAAACUUUACCCAAUUGAUAUAUUUAGAUUUGAGUGAAACCAACUUGGGAGGGACACUUAGUGAUACCAACUUUGAAAAUCUUCCUGCCUUGGAGAAACUGGUUCUUGAAGGCUGUGGCCUAAUCGAAAUCAAAUGGGAUUUUCUACCGAUCAGGCUUCAAAUGUCCCGUCAAUCAGAUUUAAGGGAAACGGAAGCUUCCACUGUCCAGAUUGCAAAACACUUAGAUCCAGAAUUACAGGGAUCUUCUGCAACAACAUCAACAACUGAAUUUAUGCAACCAUCCACUGAAGAAACAACAAUUGGGCCAACAAGUCCACCACCCCCGACUUGUGAUAGGGAAUCUUGCGAAGAACUCGUGUGCAAUCGGUUUUCAUCCAACCUGACAAAUGGAACUGUGAAUCAGGAGGAAUGCAAUGACAAUAUUUUAGUGGAGAUCUGCGAAUCGGAGUGCAUUACGCCCACUUAUUUCUGCGUAGUUUUGGGGGAAAACUUCACUUCCUCGUUUAACUGCUGUUCCCAUAAGACCAUGAGGUGUGUGGUCUCGGCAAAAGCGACCUGGUUCGAGGACCACAGUGGACUGGUCAUUGGAUUGGGAGUGGGUCUCCUUUUGGUGGGCAGCCUCCUCGGGAUGAUUAUUGUUUACGGAACACUGCGAUUGAAGCCCUCCCUGAUAAAAGGGGCAAAGCGACGGGAGUCGAACGCGGCUGUCCUGAUUCCCAGAAAAUUUGAGAAGGACGUGUACGAAAAUGUAGGGGGUCCGAUUUCCACUCUAGACAACAAUGAAUACGUGACCGCCUAUCACCGAUACCUCGAGCAAGCGAAUCACCGCUUCACGGAGUCCAUUAAGUACAUCUAUCCACCGAGGGACAGGGCUCCAUCCGUCCCGCCGUCCUCUGAUUAUCCUCUACCCCUUCCGGCAAGAAACAACUACAUUUACGAGAGCUGCGAGCUUUACGAGGAACUUCCGUAGGAUAUCUGGUGCCUUAAUGAACUAUCUGUUUCAGUUAUGACCCAACCUACUGCUACCUGAGUUCAUUUAGGUCACUAAUUUUGAGUACAAUACAAACAUUUUCUUGCCAACUCUAAAUCUACUAUUU